AUGUCCGACAGCCAUAGCGAAGUCGGCUCGGAGGUCUCGCUGCCCAGCACUGCGGCAACCAACGAGCUGCUCUACAAUUACAACCAAGUCAUCGCCGCCCUCGAAGGAAGAAGCGUCCCAAAUGAUCUCACCUCGGUCACUGCGCGCUGUGCAGUGAUUCGAGGACUGCGUUGCUCCUACGACUUCGCAGUCAGCCGAGACAUAGUCGACCUGUGCGCUUCACUGCACUUUCCCGAAUUUGUUCGAGCACGCAACGCCCGGCUUAUCAUGAGCAACGUGGUUCCGGACGGUCUUGAACACCCCGAGUCCCAGCCAUACUGUAUCUGGAACCCGGACUUUGCCACGGAGCAGACAUAUCGCCAGGUUGCGCAGCGGUACCCUGCUAUGCGCUAUCAGGUCGGCCGUGCCUGUGCCGCCGCUGGGUAUUUCACGCUGUAUACGGAGCUCGAUCUCCUUCCGGAUGUCUCCAUUGCUGAAGAGGCUCGGGAGGGGAAUACCGUGGGGGGAGGCCAAAUCUACCAGUCGAUCAUGUCUUCACCCCUGAAAUAUGCCGUGAUGGAUGAUUAUUCGCGCUCAAUUAACGCGGAGAGCCCGCAUCCCGCCUUCCUCAAUGCUGACACACAUGUUCGCUGGAAGUUAGAGUGGCGGUUCACGCCCGCAGAGGAUGCCACGGAGGAAUUUGGGCCUGAGGAGAUCGAUAUUGAAGAGGAUCGGUACAUAGGUCUUGAAAGGGACGAGCCAGAUGAGUCUCGCUACGAUGAGCUGAAUUCGCAAGAGGCGACGCUCCUCUGGCAGCCUCUGCCUCUCGAUCUACCAACGAUGAAAAAGAAUCUUCUCCGUCAAAUGGCCGCCUAUGAAGGAAGUGUGGACCGAUAUGACAGGUUGAUGAACCGCCGAUCUCGGGCAGCAAUCGACUCACUCGAGAUCCUCUGCGUCGUGCGUGGUAUCUAUCACCACACGAUGUUCGCGCGGUGGUGGCAGCACCAGAUCGACACAGGCGCUUUUCAAGACCGAAUGACGAACAGGGAGCGGGACGAGAUUCAAACCGCCAUUAAUGCCCGCCGCGUCAUGAUCAACGAGAUUGGAACAUUCACCGAAGACACCCCCUGCAAGCCGUGGCUGAUCUGGCAUCCUCUCAAACCGGAAGCCGUGGCACUGUAUAGUCUUUCGAGGCGAUGCCCUUCCAUGCUUGUGCAGAUCGCCAUCGCCGCCAUAUAUUGCGACUACAAAAAUGUAUACGACAGCCUCAAGGUCCGGCCCUGCAUUGCCCUCUUGUUCGCCGCCGAAAAAGUCGGCAAUCCCUUCUACAAGCAAGACAUUGAAAGGCGCGCAGCAGAGCUCGGGAUUACCGACCUCUGGAAAGAAGGCCCCUGGAUUGAACAAUUCGGCGAGACGCAUGGGACGUUAGGCCUUGACUUGGAGCCCACGGGCUCUGGAAUCACUACACGCCUCCGCUCGGAACACAUGGAACCGCUGGAUGGAGGAUACUAUCGGAAGAACUUUGCAUACGGGGGCUAUUUUGAGAGAUAUGUCUUUGUCUCGUUUGAAACGAUUCGGAAGAUGGAAGUCGAAGGCUACCGUUGGGAGGAGGGUUCUGGAAUCUUACACAGUAGUGAUACGCAUUGGUUUGUGUCUCAUAAAAUUAUAAAGGAUGAGGAUGGAAACGAGAUUAUCGACGCCAGCGAUGAGGACUAG